AUGACACGCAUCUACACAACCAUCGUUCCCCUCCUCUCCGUCCUCCUCUCCCUCCUCCCCGCUCAAGCCCAAGCCUACAAUCCCUCAAGAGCACCCGCCUCCAAAGAUGCCGUCCUCCUCAGCGCCAUCCAAUCCUUAACCUUCCACUCGAACCGCAAAACAACCCACCGCCGCCUCCCCGCCGUCGAACAACUAACCUGCAUCGGGCCCUCGAAGAAGAUAUGCGCCCUCUACACCCCAGAUACCAUGCGCUGCGUGAAUCAAGGACAUGACUACGACGUGAAUGACGUGCAGUGGACGUGCACGGCGCACUUGCCGCCGGAGUUUAGGCUGGGGAGCACGGAUGUGGUCUGUGAAGGCUACCGGGAUAAGGAGGAUCCGUGGGUGUUAAAAGGGAGUUGUGGCGUGGAAUACCGGUUGCUGUUGACAGAGAGGGGGGAGCAAAGGUACGGGGAACUCGUUGGUGGGUAUGGGAAUGUGCGUAGCUGGUUGGAGUCCCUCUGGGAGCUAAUUUCCUCCUUGUUGUUUUACGGAGUCUUGGCUGUUAUUUUCCUAUUGGCCUAUGGUUGUCUAGCUAGCGGAGCUCGACAGAGGAGAGGCGGCCGGCCACGGUGGGGCUGGGGAGGUGGAUGGGGCCCUGGAGGCGGUGGAGGCGGAGGAUGGGGAGGAUGGGGAGGAUGGAAUGAUCCGCCACCCCCAUAUGAAUAUUCGGGAUUUAGGAAGAUGCCGUCGUGGACGCCUGGGUUUUGGACUGGUGCAGCGGCGGGGAGCGCGGCGGCAUAUGCUCUGGGCAGGCGGGGUGGGUCGGAAUCAAGAUCUGGGUGGGGAUGGGGAUCGGACCGAGCAGAAAGCUCAAGAGCAAGAUAUUCUAGGCCGGCAUUUUCACCCUCUGCUUCAACGACGGAAAGUACUGGAUUUGGCGGUUCUAGGAGGCGGUAA